AUGGCAAGCAUAAUCAAAGAUACUGUCUCCAGCGUUCUUGGAAGGUUCCAGGGCACCGCCCCGGAGGUUCCCCGCGAGCCCUCCGCCGAAGAGUUCCAAACACUACAGAAAAAAUAUACAGAUGCCGGUCAAGGGCAUGUCUUUGCCUUUGUCGAUGAAUUGACGACCGUCGAGAAAUCCCAACUUUUCCACCAGCUGUCCAACUUUGACCCCACUCGAAUCAACGAGUUGGCCGACAAAGCUCUCAACGCUCCCCCCGCCUCCACAGGACCCGUCACCCUCGAGCCCCUUCCCGAAUCCGCCACAGCCUCCAUCCUUGAUUCCGAUCCCUCAGAUAUCCAGAAAUGGUACGAAGCCGGCCUGAAAGAGGUGGCGGCAAACAAGGUGGCCGUGGUCUUGAUGGCCGGUGGACAGGGAACCCGGCUCGGCAGCUCUGCCCCUAAGGGCUGCUUCGAUAUUGGUCUGUUGAGCGAGAAAUCGCUAUUCCAGCUGCAGGCUCAGCGCAUUGCCAAGCUGCAGUCCUUGAUUGGUGCCAAGAACGUUGUGAUCCCUUGGUACGUCAUGACCAGCGGGCCUACACGCAAGCCCACCGAAGAGUUCUUCGAGAAGAACAACUACUUUGGUCUCGAGAAGAGCAAUGUUAUGAUCUUCGAACAAGGUGUUCUACCCUGCAUCUCCAAUGACGGCAAGAUUCUUCUUGAGAGCAAGAGCAAAGCUGCCGUGGCUCCCGAUGGAAACGGUGGUAUUUAUCAGGCCCUAGUGGUGUCUGGUGUGCGGGAGGAUAUGCGCCGCCGCGGUAUUGAGCACAUUCACCUCUACGGCGUGGACAACUGCUUGGUCAAGGUUGCCGAUCCAGUCUUCAUUGGCUUCGCAGCCUCUAAGCAGGUGGACAUUGCCACCAAGGUGGUGCGCAAGCGCAAUGCCACCGAGUCUGUCGGUCUGAUCUUGUUGAAGAACGGCAAGCCCGACGUGGUUGAGUACUCUGAGAUCGAUAAGGAAACUGCCGAGGCCAAGGACCCCAAGCAGCCCGACGUUCUCAAGUACCGCGCUGCUAACAUUGUCAACCACUACUACUCAUUCCGUUUCCUCGAGUCGAUUGAGACCUGGAUGCACCAGCUGCCCCACCACGUGGCCCGCAAGAAGAUUGCUUGUGUCGAUCCCGAGUCUGGUAACAAUGUCAAGCCUGAAAGGCCUAACGGCAUCAAGUUGGAGCAGUUUGUCUUCGAUGUGUUCCCCAUGACACCGCUUGACAAGUUCGCCUGCCUCGAGGUGCACCGUCACGAAGAGUUCUCGCCGUUGAAGAACGCCCGCGGUACUGGUGAGGACGACCCCGAUACCAGCCGUGCGGAUAUCAUGGCCCAGGGUCAGCGAUGGGUUGAGGCUGCUGGUGCCGUUGUUAUCACCGACGGUGAGGCCGUUGGUGUCGAAGUUUCUCCUCUGAUCAGCUACGGCGGUGAGAACCUAGAAUUCCUCAAGGGACGGGAAAUUAAAGCACCCGCUAUCUUGGAGAGGGAAGACUAG